AUGAGCCCAGCUCAGACUGAUAUAAAGUCGCACCGAAUCUCUCAUAGAACUUCUUCAGCCACUUUUCUUCAUCUGAGAUUCGUUUACAACAUGGACGAACCUCACGAGCUAACGCAAUCAAUGCGUGGCAACUGUCACUGCACUGCGGUUGUGUACCUUGUCCACUUUUCAGAACCCAGCAUAGCAACACAGUGCGGUUGUAGCUUAUGCAUCAAAAAGGCAAACCUAUGGUUAUAUACCUGCCGAGAUGAUGUCACUUUCGUUAAAGGUGAUGAAGGCUCUCUUACGAGCUACACUUUCGGCGCGGAAGGUGCUACUUAUAAGUUCUGCGGGCUUUGCGCUACUUCUGUGAUGGAGAUUGGUCCUUCUGGUACACAGAUAGCCUUCAAUGCGCGAACGUUUCAAACCAUCGACAUUGAGAACCUGAAGCUAGAACAAUCGGAUUGUGCUGGGCACAGUUCUUCUCAAGACUGCUCCAUUUCGAGAGCGGCUGAACCCACUCCCCUACUGGGAAGCUUGAAACUCUAUACGGGAGGUUGCCACUGCGGAGCGUUGACACUUCGCCUGCGUAGCGAAACCCUCGAUAAGGACUAUAAAGGACUUGUACUAGAAUGCAAUUGCAGAGUUUGCGAGAUGAACGGAUAUAUUUGGGUAUAUCCCCAAGACGAAAGUGUUGACUUGAUAGGAGAGGAGAAGGAUAUUGGGCGAUACAAAUUCAGCCACCACAUACUUUGGAAGUCAUUUUGCAAAAUAUGUGGAGUGUUCCUCACAAACAAUCACAACAUACUGACGAAGGAGGAGCACGAUGCCUUGUCUGAAAAUGCAAAGUUUUGGCAUAACAAAUCCAAGGGGGGGACGCCAGUCAAUGUCCGAGUCCUUGAUGGCAUCGAGCUUGAACAUCUCCGACAGAUUUCUGUCAAGUUCGAUGGGAAGAACGUCCAUCAACCCCCAUAUUCUCAUCCUUGA